CAUACCAAAAACAAGCAUUAUAGCUUCCAAUUCUCAUGGCCUCUCUCAAAUCUCCUCUUCUUUUUCUUGCCAUUUUCUUGCUUUCCAAUUCUCUUGUGCAUUGCGAUGAUGAAGAAGACAAUUUAUUCUUAUGCCUAAACAGUCACAGAGCGUAUCUAAACCUCCCAACUUUCACCCACAACGAAGCAGCAGAGUGUCUAGCCGAAGAAGUUGCAGAAAUACUAGAAGAUAGACCAUGCAAUAAUGGUGGCGCCUACACCAAAUACCCGUACCAAAAAGACCACAACAUCACUGACCUAAUAUUAAAAUGCCACAUCAACAUUACCCAUACUAAAUACGCCGUCGUUUUGCCUGUUUGCGUCCCUAAAUUGGAACCAACUGUAGUGUUUACUAAUUAUACGAGAACGUAUUUUGAGAAAUUUAUUAAUGACUCCAAAUUUACUCAGAUUGGAAUGGAUAGUGAAAAUGAUUGGAUGGUCAUUGUUUUGGGCACGAAUUCUAGUGAUGGUGAUCUUGCUGUUUCUGGUGCUGUGACUAAUGGUUUGGGUUUUGGUCGAACCGUUUUGGGUUUCUUGUUGGGUUUGGUUCUUUAUCUUGCGUACUAGAGUCAUUUUGUUGAGUCAGUGAUAAGCUGGAUCGGAUUUGAGUGUGGGUUUUUUUACUGGUCUUGUUUGGGGUGUGAUAUUUUAUUUUUUAUCUGUAAUUUAUAGUAUUACUAGU